GUAGAGAGAACUUAUAGACAACUUAUGAGGGACACACACAACCGAUGUGGGAGUAUUUCUGUGUUAGCACAGUUACUUCAACCAGCAUCACACACACGUACUCUGAAUAGGUUCCAAGUGAGUCUUCUUUGUCUUCCUCAAAACCGCAGCUUCAAGUAUUCAAAGGAGGAAUAACUCAAAAACCUAAUAGGCAAAUUCCUCAAUAGUGUAGCGGAAUACCUUGCAUACAGACCCAAUACCCCAUAUUUUUCCAAUAUCCACAACAAAACCUCCAUGAUCGCCCCUUCGCCCAUUUGCUGCGUGAUCAAUUCCUUGGGCACCAUUAUUGCGGACGACAUAAUAUUUUCGAUUGCAUUGGCAAUGUGAGGAAUUAGCACGAAUGGGUGCUUCUCCGAUUUAAACAAAAUGCUCUUCCCAAACUCACAUGUCCCAAAAUACACGGCGGAGGAAAUUGUCGACCCAAUCAACACGGCGGAGGCGCCUCUAUAAAAACCCCAAAUCCCCUUCUCCUAGAUGUUUUGGCGAUGGCAUCGAAAGUGUUGGUAUAAAUUUAGAAAGCGCCACGUAGGUGAACGCGCUAGCUACGCCACCACCAACUGCACCAAUAAGCGCGCUGUCAAGGUUUCUGCUGCUCUGCUCGCUCUCUCUCUCUCUCACAUAUUCCAAAGGUUUGAUGAUCUGAAGUUCAGAGAACAAACUUAAACGACACCGUAAAAAUUAGGCUCAACCAAACCGUGGCCCCUGGCGUUCAAAUGACGUACUGAGCUACUGGGAAGUGGACCCGAAACCAAAAGAGUCGGAUUCGGGUCCCCACUUUUGAAUUCUCAGAUUCUGAAUAAACUAAUUCGGGUUCUUCUCCCUCCAAGCACUUCUGUCUCUGUAAAAUCCACAAAUUCAAGAUUGACAACAUUCAAGAAGGCAAGAAAACUACUGUAAAGUGUGUUCUUCGUCCAAAAUUUUGUCUGUAAGUCCUCCGAUUACCUCUUUAAACAACUCUCUUUCGAUAUCUUCGUAUUUCCAUCACUGCAAUGCAUUCUGGUUUAAUUUUAGUUUUCUCUUUUCAUUUUCUUUUCUUCUUUCACUUUACUUUUCCUUCACUUUCUCACCCUUUCUUGCCUUUAAGCAAUGUCACUCUUUAUGGUGAUGCAUACUCUUUGAACAACUCCGUUAGCCUUACUCAAGAACUCAACUGUCUCACUUCUUCUUCUUCAACACCCCCUCCUCCUUCUUUCUCUUCCUCUAUUGGGAUUGGAAGAACUUUCUAUGUGUAUCCAAUUCGAUUCCUUAACUCUAGAACCAAUACCACUGCGUCUUUCUCAUGCCACUUCUCCUUCUCAAUCGUUUCAUCCCCAUUGUGCCCCUUUGGGGAUGGAAUCACAUUCUUGAUAACCUCUGAUGCUAAUUCGUUCAGUAUUUCUAAUGGGUAUAUGGGUCUCCCUGAUUCGGCUUCAGACACCCAAGACUCAUUUAUUGCAGUGGAGUUUGAUACCAGUUUCAAUCCUUCUUUUGGUGAUAUCAAUGAUCAUCAUAUUGGUAUUGAUGUUAAUUCAAUAAUUUCUUUUGCUUCUGUGGAUGCUGCGUCAAGAGGGGUUGACCUUAAAAGUGGGAGAGAGGUUAUGGCUUGGAUUGAGUAUAGAGAUGCAGUGAAAUUGGUCCGCGUAUGGGUUAGUCAUUCACUAGUUAGGCCUCCAAGUCCCGUUCUUGUUGCUGAGAUUGACAUCUCAAAGCAAUUCAAGGAGUAUAUGCAUGUGGGUUUCUCUGCUUCUAAUGGACAGGGCUCCGCAAACCAUAUUGUGAAUCGUUGGCGGUUCAAGACUUUUGUUUCCCACCCUCCUGAGACUCCUAUGGAUAUAGGUGUAGUUGAAGAAGGUGACUGUUUCAUGUGUUCUCCAGAAGAUUUAAGCAGCACUAUUGGUCCUCAUGAAAGGAAGAUAAAGAUAGGCGACAUGGCAUUUGUAUGGGGUGGUUUAUCUGCAAUUGUUGCCUCCAUAGUUAUAAUCCUUGGUAUGAUAAGUUUUUUUAUGAUAAGAAAAAAGAGGCUUAUCAGCAGAAGUAAACAAGGCCAGGCUUGUAGAGUUAAUAGGGAACCUGAAAGAUUUUCUCUCUCUGUGGUAAAAUCAGCAACAAUGGGGUUUCACAAGAACCAAAUUGUGGGUGAAGGGGCAUCAGCAACAGUAUAUAAAGGGUCUCUUCCGUCGGUUGGAGCAGUUGCGAUCAAGAGAUUUGAUAAGACCAAAAGAAUUGAUUGUGCUCACAGUCCAUUUACAACUGAGUUUGCAAUGAUGGUGGGUUGCAUAAGGCAUAAGAACUUGGUUCAACUUCAAGGAUGGUGCUGUGAGGGAACAGAACUAGUCCUUGUUUAUGAGUACUUACCCAAUGGAAGCCUUGACAAAAUCCUUCACAAGUACUCAAGUUCUUCUAUUUUCCUCUCAUGGAAGCAUAGGUUAAAGAUACUUCUUGGGGUUGCUUCUGCACUUUCAUAUCUCCAUGAAGGAUGUGAGGGGCAAAUAAUUCAUAGGGAUGUUAAGACUUGCAAUAUAAUGCUUGAUGCUGAGUUAAAUGCCAAGCUUGGAGAUUUCGGUUUAGCGGAGGUCUACGAACGUAACUCCAUUACAAGAGAGGCUACUAUACCAGCUGGGACAAUGGGAUAUCUUGCUCCUGAAUAUGUUUAUUCUGGUAUUCCAACUGAGAAAACCGAUGUUUACAGCUUUGGUGUUGUGGUUCUAGAGGUAGCCACCGGAAGAAGACCUGUUGAUGAAUAUGGGACUGUGCUUGUUGACUUGGUUUGGAGCCUGUGGGAGAGAGGUAAAUUAGUGGAAGCUGUUGAUUCAAGGUUGAAUGGGAAGGUUAAUGGGGCUGAAGUGGAGAGAAUGCUCAUGGUGGGACUUUGUUGUGUUCACCCAGACUCCGAGAAGAGGCCAACGAUUAAGGAGGCAGCUAGGAUACUUAGGGGUGAAGCACCACUUCCGGUUUUGCCUGUGCGGAAACCUGUGGUGAGAAUAAGGUCUGUUUUGCCUAAGGAAUCUGAAGAAGUGAUGAAUUUUCGUGGAGAUGGCAGUCCUUCUGUUUCAGAUGCGCCAUGGAUGACUCCUAGAACCCAUUUCAGCUAGAUAUGCUCAGAAACACUCAUGGCUUCAAAUGUAAGUGUUGAUAACCAAUUUGUGGUUGGUAGUAGACAUGUAUCAAGCUGGCUUGUUUUAUACAGAUUCUGCAGGUUUGUCUCUUGAUUUCAUCUUCUUGUUCUCUAGAUUUGUUUUAGAUUCAAAUCCCUGCAAAUGAUAAGGAGAUGGAUAAGUGCAGUAUUUGAAUGACAAA